AUCCAGCGUCCGGCCUUUGCGUCCCGUCCGCGCGGAUCCGGUCCGGGUUUUUUUGUGUAUGUGAUUCUUGUGCAGGAAGCUGCCAGCCCGGCUCCCUCCUCGUGCUCCACUAGCCGGGUCUUGCGGCCUCAUCCUCCCCCCCAGUCCAGGACACCCAGCUCCGCGCUUUGCGGCCUGUCUCUCCUCCUCCUCUCUCGGUAAAAUGGCCUCUCCUCCUCCUCUCCACCGCCUCGUGUCCGACUAAGCGGCUCCCCCCCUCCCCUCCUGUCCGAACCUAGCCCGACACCCCGGGGGGGGAGGCCACCUCCAUACCGUCUUUACUCACAGCGCUUCAUGGCCGCCCAGGUAGCCCCGGCCUCCGGCCCCAGCCUUGGGGGAACCCCGCCCGCAGCCGCCGGUCCCGAAUUAAAGAAGAGCCCCGGGGACCAACCUCCUUCUUCGGUCGAGUCUCAAUCCGAGGCCCCGGCUCCGGCCUCAACGGACUCUGAGCCGCCAGAGGCGGCCAACGGCACCCGAGCGACCUCGGCCUCAUCGCUUCAGGAGCCCGGAGAUGCGCCCGCGGCCUCCGCCGCCUCCUCACACCCGCCCGGUGGAUUCGGCUUCUCCUCGUACAACCGAGGGGUGUUUCAGCCCGGCCUCGGCCUGGAAUACGCGCCUCCCAACGAGGCCUACAACUCUUAUACGGCCUACCCGAAUCGGGCCUACCAACCGGGCUACCCCCCGCCUCGCCCUACCGCUACCACAGGCAAACCCCCGGCUCCGGCCUACCCUCCCCCUCCUCGGUUCGGCCCCGCGCAGCCGGCAGCUGCUACCCCGACCCUGAAUCAACUGCUCACCGCCCCCAGCCCCGGACGGGGGUAUCCGGCCUACACGGGAGGAGACUACUCAGAGCAGCACAAAGGACCCGAGGGCUAUGCAGCCGGCUGGGCCGCAGGUCAGAGAGGGGUGGUUCACCCACCCGGGAGCCCAGGAAGCAGCGGGCAGGCCAUACCCAGGACGUCUCAGCCUGCCAGUCCCAUGGAUCAAAUGGGGAAGAUGCGACCCCAACCAUAUGGUUCCGCAAAUCCUUACAGUCAGCAGCCAGGACCUCAGCAAGGACACACUGGUUAUCCAGUGCAGCCUUAUUCUUCACAAACUCCACAGAGAUACCCAAUGGCUAUUCAGGGUCGACCUCAAGGGGCAAUGGGCAUACAGUAUGGACAACAGAUGUCUUCAUAUGGGCAACAGGGCCCAGGGCCCUAUUCUCAGCAGAGCCAGUCUCCAUACUACAACCAACAGAGCCUUCACCCUCCACAGCAGCAAACACCACCACAGUCCCAGUAUUCUCAACAGCAACCAGCUCCCCAGUCUUACAGCCAACAACAGACUUCUUCGUCCCAGCCUCCUUCCAGCCAGCCUGUGCAGCCCAAUUUCACCCAACAGCAGCAGUCUCCAUCUCCUUCACCCUACACACAGCAACAGCAGCAGGGUCCCCCCACCAGUUCACAAAGCCAGUCACCAUAUUCCCAACAAGCUCCUCAGUACCCAGCAGCUUCACAACAGCAAGGAUCAUCCUAUUCGUCGUCAGGCUCACAGCAGGGGAGUACUUAUUCUCAGCAACGCUUCCCUCCCCCACAGGAGCUCUCUCAGGAUUCCUUUACAUCCCAGGCUUCAUCAACUCCUUCUAUGGGUUCCAGCAAAGGACAAGAUGAACUUAGUAUGGGGAUGCAACCACGACCUUCUAGCCUUCCAGAUCUCUCUGGUUCCAUUGAUGAUCUCCCUAUGGGUGCUGAGGGUGCUCUUAGUCCAGGUGUCAGCACUUCAGGAAUUUCCAGCAGUCAGGGCGAGCAAAGCAACCCAGCCCAGUCUCCAUUCUCUCCUCAUACGUCACCCCACCUUCCUGGUAUUAGAGGACCUUCGCCCUCCCCAGUAGGCUCUCCAGCCAGUGUUGCACCAUCUCGAUCUGGCCCGCUCUCCCCAACAUCUGUUCCAGGGACACAGAUGCCUCCACGCCCUCCUAGUGGACAGUCAGAUGGUUUAAUUCACCCUACAAUGAACCAGGCUGGGCUUGGGCAAGAGAGAGGGUACAUGCAGAGGAAUGCACAAAUACCUCAGUACGGAUCCCCACAGCCUGGUCCAGCACUUUCACCACGCCAGUCUACAGGGGCACAGAUGCAUGCUGCGAUGGGACCCUAUCAACAAAACUCUAUGGGGAGCUAUGGACCUCAGGGUGGCCAGUAUGGUCCCCAAGGAGGGUAUCCCCGACAGCCAAACUACAAUGCCAUGCCUAAUGCAGGAUAUUCUGGAGGUGGCAUGGCCCCACUUGUUGCAGGCGGACAGAUGCAUGGGCAGGGAGGUAUGCCACAGUAUGCAGGGCGUAUGGCUCAUUCUGCAAUCGGCAACCGCCAAUAUGGGCCAAACAUGGGAAGCAUGCCACCGCAAGUUGGAUCUGGAAUGUGUCCUCCACCUGGCGGUAUGAAUCGCAAAGCACAAGAUGCUGCUGGUAUGCAUGGCACUGCAAAUUCCAUACAAAACAGGUCUCCAGGAUAUCCCAGCAUGAACCAGGGAGGGAUGAUGGGAGCAGGACCACCAUAUGGCCAGGGAAUGAAUAGCAUGGCGGCAAUGAUGAACACGCAGGGACCCCCAUAUAUGGGAGGCAAUAUGGCCAACAACUCGGGCAUGGCUGGCAGCCCAGAGCUUAUGGGACUUUCUGAUGUUAAAUUGACUCCGACUCCCAAAAUGAACAACAAAGCAGACGGGACACCUAAAACAGAGACCAAAUCAAAGAAAUCCAGUUCCUCUACUACUACAAACGAAAAGAUAACAAAACUGUAUGAAUUGGGUGGCGAACCAGAGAGAAAGAUGUGGGUGGAUCGUUAUCUUUCAUUCACAGAGGAGAAGGCAAUGGGCAUGACCAACCUACCAGCUGUGGGCAGGAAACCCCUUGAUUUGUACCGUCUUUACAUGUCUGUCAAAGACAUUGGGGGACUUACCCAGGUUAAUAAGAACAAGAAGUGGAGAGAGCUUGCAACAAACUUAAAUGUGGGUACAUCAAGUAGUGCAGCUAGCUCCCUAAAAAAGCAAUAUAUACAAUGUCUUUAUGCCUUUGAGUGCAAAAUUGAAAGGGGAGAGGACCCACCACCUGAUAUAUUUUCUUCAGCAGACGCAAAAAAACAGGCGAAAAUCCAACCACCGUCUCCUGCUGGCUCAGGCUCUAUGCAGGGACCACAGACUCCUCAGUCCACUAGCAGCUCUAUGGCAGGAGGAGAAGAUCUGAAGCCUCCCACACCAGCAUCCACGCCACAUAGUCAGAUGCCUCCCAUGCCAGGCAUGAGGAAUAACUCGGUGGGUCUCCAGGAUGCAUAUGAUGGAUCAGAUCCUUCUUACCAGAAACGAAACUCAAUGACUCCUAAUCCUGGAUAUCAGGCAGACAUGAUGGGCAGGAUGCCCUAUGAGACCAAUAAAGAUCCCUAUGGGGGAAUGAGAAAAGGAACAGAUCCUUUCAUGUCAUCUGGGCAGGGACCCAGCGGAGCAAUGGGUGAUCCAUAUAGUCGAGCACCUGGUCCUGCUAUGUCAAACAUGGCACAGCGUCAGCAUUAUCCCUAUAGCGGUUAUGAUCGAGUGAGGCCAGAACCUGGUCUUGGUCCAGAAGGGAAUAUGACAAGUGGUGGGACUCAGCCAAAUAUGAUGCCUUCCAACACAGACAGUGGCAUGUACUCUCCUGGACGUUACCCACAGCAGAGCAGACAUGACACUUACAGUAAUCAGUAUCCAACACAGGGUACAUCCUCUGGAAGCCCCUAUCCAAGUCAGCAGAACCCAAUGUAUCAGCAACAGAACUACAAGAGGCCAAUGGAUGGUAGUUAUGGACCAUCGUCUAAACGCCAUGAAGGAGAAAUAUAUAGUGCUUCAUAUGCUGGACCACAAAGUGUACAAGGUCAACCACAGGCACAACCUCAGCAACAACAGACACCUGGGUCUGGAGUUCCACCCACCCCUGGACAGCCCUCCCCAGCUCCUAGCUCACAGCAGACACAGGAUCCCUAUGGGCAAUAUGGGAGCAAUUAUCCACAAGGUGCUGGGGAGCGCAGGCCACCACCCUCUGGGCAGAAUCAAUUCCCUUUUCAGUUUGGUCGUGAAAGAGUGCCUGCAGCACCAGGCAGCAACUCACAGCCCCCUCUGCCUCCUAGUGGAAUGGCAGGAUCCGCAGAGACGUCACAACCUGGGGCCAUGUGGCAAGGUCGAAGUGAGAUGGGUUAUAACUACCAGGGUAGGCCUGGUCCACCUACAUCCAGUACACAAGGACCUAACUACCAUUCUGGACCACCCCGUGGUGAAGAAAUGCUGCUUUCAGAACAGCGACUUAGUCACGAAGGUCAGUGGCAACCUCAUGUCAACAGGCAGCAGCCACCUUAUGUGCCUGCCGCUGGCCCACCUCUAACCAGACCACCACCACAGUCCGGUUACCAGGCCUCCCCAAGCAUGCCUAACCAUCUGCCUCAGGUAGCAAGUCCAGCCACCCCUCGGCCUUUGGAAGCCCACACUUCACCCAGCAAGUCUCCUUUCUUGAAGAUGCAGAAAGCUGGACCACCUGUGCCUGCAUCCCACAUUGUGCCCACCCCUUCUCAGCCACCACUUAUCCGCAGGGACAUAACUUUCCCUCCUGGUUCUGUGGAAGCCACACAGCCCAUACUGAAGCCAAGAAGGAGAUUAACUUCAAAAGAGAUUGGUACACCUGAGGCUUGGCGUGUGAUGAUGUCUCUGAAAUCUGGUCUUCUUGCAGAAAGUUCUUGGGCACUGGAUACUAUUAAUAUUCUCCUUUAUGAUGACAACAGCAUCAUGACAUUUAAUCUUAGCCAGCUACCUGGAUUGCUAGAGCUGCUGGUGGAAUACUUCAGACGCUGCCUAAUUGAGAUCUUUGGGAUCCUUCGCGAGUAUGAAGUUGGAGAGCCUGGGCAAAAGAAUCUGCUCGGUCCUUCCUCUCGAAAUUCUGAAAGUCCACUUAUUAGUGAUGUUGAAUAUAGUGAUGGAGAGGGCUGCCAGUCACUUAAUGAUCUCCAAAGUGAGGAUGAAGGAGAAGAGGAAAGGAAAGCCUUCUUGGCUCCUUGUGUAGACAAUGAGGAUAACCAGCGGCAUGCCAGCAAGUUUGACAAACUCCCAAUCAAGGUUGUACAGCGAGAAGAUGCUUUUGUUUUGGACUGUUCUCAUAGGUUGGGUCGUAGACAAGAAUUUGAUAGUGGCCUCUUGCACUGGCAAAUAGGAGGGGGUGAUACAACAGAACACAUCCAGACUCACUUUGAGAGACGCCCUGAUCACCCGGUUCGUAAACGCUCCCAGGGAAAACGCAGAUCGCGAGAACAUCAAGUAACUGGGGCAGAGGACACUGCUCCUACAAUAGAUGAUGUGCUGUGUUCCAGGUCAAGUUCUUUGCCAUCCGAAGGGGGGCAGAUUCCAGGGGAGGACCCAGAAUUUGCAUUAGGUGGUAGUCCCCCACCGCGCAACAGACAAUGUCUUAAAAUUCUGGAAGAUGAGCCACGUAGUAAAGAUGAAACCCCUUUGUGCACACUGGAAGAUUGGCAAGAUGCUCUUUCUCGUCGUUGCGUGUGCAUAUCGAAUAUCCUGCGCAGCUUGUCUUUUGUGCCAGGCAAUGACUUGGAAAUGUCCAAGCACCCAGGGUUGUUGCUGAUUCUUGGGAAACUAGUUUUGCUCCAUCAUAAGCACCCAGAACGGAAACAAGCACCUCUUACUUACGAAAAAGAGGAAGAACGAGAUCAAGGAGUUAGCAGCAACAAGGCUGAAUGGUGGUGGGACUGUUUGGAAAUGUUGCGUGAGAACGCGCUAGUCACUCUUGCCAACAUCUCUGGUCAGCUGGACCUUUCCCCUUUUCCUGAGAGCAUUUGUCUACCCAUUCUUGAUGGUCUGCUACACUGGGCAGUUUGUCCAUCAGCGGAAGCGCAGGAUCCAUUUGUAACAUUGGGUCCUAAUGCAGUACUUUCACCCCAGAGACUGGUACUGGAAGCACUGAGCAAACUGAGUAUUCAAGACAGCAAUGUGGACCUAAUAUUAGCUACACCACCGUUCAGUCGUCUUGAGAAGCUCUAUGGAACCUUGGUGAGGUUCUUAAGUGACAGAAAAAACCACGUGUGCAGGGAAAUGGCAGUGGUGCUUUUGGCAAACUUGGCACAGGGGGAUAGUUUAGCAGCAAGGUCUAUUGCCUUACAGAAAGGCAGCAUUGGUAACCUAUUAGGUUUUCUUGAAGAUAGUCUGGCAGCCACCCAGUUUCAACAGAGCCAGGCUGCACAUUUACAUGGACCCUCUGCUCCAUUUGAGCCCACCAGUACGGACAUGAUGAGACGAGCCUCACGUGCCCUGCUGGCUUUGGCCAAGGUUGAGGAAAAUCACUCAGAGUUCACGCUGUACGAGUCCCGUCUGCUGGACAUCUCGGUGUCUCCACUAAUGAACUGCUCUGUGUCACAGGUCAUCUGCGAUGUCCUCUUUUUGAUUGGUCAGUCAUGACGGCUACAGUGGACAUCUUUCCAGAUAGUUUGCUCCUCUCAUCACAGUAGAAUGAAAUCCUCCCUGACUGAAUCCUUCCCCCUUUCUUCCCAUCCUCCCUUUUUAUUUAUGCAAAAACUGUUUCAAUCCACUGUCUGCCCCAGAGAGGAGAUCUGGUCACCGUCGUGGACCUCCCCUACCCCUUCUCUUCCUCUCUCUGUUUUGGUGAGAACCAAAGCUACUGUAUUUCGGUGAAUAUUUUUUUUUCCUUUUUUUUUUUUCUUUUUUUGUUAAAUUGGGGGAAUGGGUUCCACUGUACUUAAUUACCCUCCCCACCUUUACUGUUUGUUGGCCCCCUGCAACAGCCAAGGGACGGGCUCCAUAUUCUAAGGAGUUAAAGACUUUUAAACCACCAAGAAAGGAGAAGAAUUUCCUCCCUAUACUUAAAAAAAAAAAAAAAUAACUUGCCCUUCUCACCUUGCAAUCUUUAGAAUAGUUUGUGUGCCCUGUACCUUUAAACAGAGAAGAAAACGUAAAAAAAAAAGUCCCGAAAAGACAUUACCUUUUUAACUGUGCUGAGAAACCCUGCAGAAUCCAAUUGGAGCUGGAAAAAACCCACAACCUCAGAGACUCCAGAUGUAGGUUUUUAAAUGGAGAGAGCGACAAAGGUCGCUUUUAGUUUCCGGAGGAGAGACAGACGCAAAGAAGUCGCUUUUCCCCCAAAGUUUCAUGUGAAGCAACACCCUUACCUCUUUAAACUUAGAUUGUAAUAAUCGGAGAUCGCCUCUUAUAACUGGUUUUAACCUUUAGCUUGUAGGUUGCAAGCUGCGAUGUCUGUAUAUAUAUGAUGAUGUACAUUAAAGACACACCUCUUGUAUUUUCCCUCAACUUUUUCCCUCACUUGACCUUCACCACUUUCACAUGCUCUUUUCCCUGGAUCUGAAGAAAAAUGGGGUCACGGUUACUUAUCCCUAGUCCUCCUUUACCCUCCAGGAGGAGGAACAUUUUGCAGAUUGUUUGAUCCAAAGAGCAACAGGCUCUCCACCAUCUUUCCCUCUUUGUCCCUUUGUAUAUCCAGCAAUCCUAUCAACUUAUUUUUUUCCAUUUCCAAUCAAGGUGUGAGGUUUUCAUUUUUUUUUUUUUUUUUUUUUUAAGUUUCAGUUCCAGAAACAAUUUGACAAUUUUUUUUCCAGCGAUUUCUGCAUAUUUGUAGCUCUGAAAAAAAUGUAAAUUUCAGCCUAUUCCUUUUUAUUUGUUUUAUUUUUAUUUUGCUUAAUGAAUAUAUCAUUUAUUCAGUAUGAAAUCUUUAUACUCUAUGUUCCCGUGUUAAAAAUAAAUGUACAUUAAAUCUU